AUGCCUGACCUGGCCGCCGCCAGCCGGGCUGAAGUCCCGUUGGCAGCCCCGCCGUGGGGCAUCUGCGACUUCUCUCAGAAGCAUUUGUCCAUGCUGGUUCUCGCGGAGGAAAGAGUGGAGCCAUCAAGGUAUUCCUCGUCGAUCAUUUACCUCGUUUCCUUCCAUCCACUCGCCAAAUUUCCAGGCCCUAAGUGGUGGGCAGUUUCACGCAUCACCGGGGCAUACGAUGUCAUCGAAGGCGAUCUGUGGGCGGUCUUAGACGGGCUGCACGAGAAAUAUGGCGCCCACAGUUCGAAUCGCGCCCCAUCAAACGACAACCAUCACCCAGCCGCGUGGAAGUACAUCUAUGUGACGAAGCCGGUGCUCAUGAAAGACACCUACGGUCUGACUCCUCCGGUCAACGGGGCACACUCGCUCUUCACCGCCGAGGGUGGCACACACCGGCGGCUCCGCGGCGCGCUGGUCAAUGGCUUUGCCGACAGGUCACUGCGUGACCAGAAGCCCAUCGCCGAAGGAUACGGGAAUCAACUGAUCGCACUAUUUCGCCGCGAGGCAGCCAAAAGCGCUGACGGGACAGUCGUCAUCCAGAGGAUGUACGGCUACGCCACUUUCGACACGGUCACCAACCUCAGCUUCGGCGAGUCCCUUCUCAACACGUUCGAGAGCGACACAGGGAACGACGAAAUCCGGGAUUUCUUCCUGCAUGCCAAGUUCAGCACAAUCCGGAACUGUCUCAGCCGCUUCUCGCAGCUAGACAUCUUCUUACGCCUCUUCCUCUUUCGCGUCAGCCGCAAGACCCGGGAGCGCAACUGGCGCUUGACAACUGAGAAGAUCAACAGGUGGCUGACGAGGAGCGACCUCCUGGCUCCGCUGGUUGGCAAGCUAGACGAGACAGGCGGCGUGAAGGGCAUUAUUAUCAUCAAGGCCGAGCUGACGACCAACCAGUUAGCUUUCGUCAUUGCCGACUGCCAAUUGACCACGGUUGCCCUCGCGAUGGUUACCUACCUCUUGCUGCGCGACCCGCCCAAGUGGCAGCAGCUCGUUGAGGAGAUCCGUGGCCAUUUAACGAGCAAUGACCAAAUCACGGUGCUGUCCACGCAAGAACUUGCGUACUUGGAAGCCGUCAAUGAUGGGACAAUGCGCUUCCGCCACCCCACACCUAUUAGCUUCCGAGAUGCGUCCCUCCAGAAGGACAGACGGUCGACGGCCAGUGAAUUCCCGGCAAUAAACAUCCAAACUACGCCAACCUUAUGGGUUGAGCAGCAUGCCUUCCACCCUGAGCGCUUCCUUCCCCAAUCGGACCCACGCUUUCAUGCCGUUCUCAGCUGGCCCGCGAAACUGCCUGGGUUCAAAGUAAAAAUGUUCCUGGCAAAAGCACGCGUCUUCCUUGCCAAGGUGGUCUGGAAUUUCGACUUGGUCAUGCUGGAGAACCAGGAGGAUUGCCUUGACCAGAAGGUUUAUCUCCUCUUUGAGCCCAAGCCCCUCGUGAAACUGAGCAUUCCUGGGGAUGCGACGCGGAUGUAA